AAUGAAGAACUUGCUAAUUAUAUUUUUCUUAAUCCUUUGGACUGAAACAUUGACAGAUCAGAGCCCAGGCCCAGGCCCUGAAUAUGCAGAUGUCGUGUUUCUGGUGGACAGCUCUGAUCACCUGGGAAUUAAGUCCUUCCCUCUUGUGAAAACGUUCAUCAACAAAAUGAUCAACAGCCUCCCCAUAGAGGCCAGAAAAUACCGCCUGGCCCUGGCCCAGUACAGCGACAGGCUCCACAGUGAAUUCCAGCUGAGCACCUUCAAGGGCAAGAACCCCAUGUUGAACCACCUCAAGAAGAACUUCGCGUUCAUGGGCGGCUCCCUGAAGAUUGGAAAUGCUCUCCGGGAGGCUCACAGGACCUAUUUCUCUGGACCUGCAAACGGGAGAGACAAGAAGCUGUUUCCCCCGAUCCUGGUGGUCCUGGCUUCGGCUGAGUCCGAGGAUGACGUGGGAGAGGCUGCCGAGUCUCUGCGGAAAGAUGGGGUGAGAAUCAUCUCCGUGGGGGUGCAGAAAGCUUCGGAGGAGAACCUGAAGGCCAUGGCCACGGCUCAGUUUCAUUUCAACCUUCGGACUGUCAGAGACCUCGGUACGUUUUCCCAGAACAUGACACAGGUCAUCAAGGAUGCGACUCGGUACAAGGAAGGAGCCACUGACGCUGAUAUCAAAGUUCCCUUCCCUGUGGCCUGUCAGAAAGAUUCCCUGGCUGACCUCGUGUUCCUGGUGGAUGAGUCGGUUGGAACCAGUCAGAAUCUAAGGAACCUGCAGAACUUCCUGAAGAACAUCACCGCCUCCCUGGAUGUGAGGGAUAACUGCAUGCGGCUUGGGCUUAUGAGUUACAGCAAUGAAGCCGAGACUAUUUCUUUUCUGAAGUCAAGCUCAAGUCAAUCUGCAUUUCAGGAGCAAAUACAGAAGCUUUCUCUCAAGGCUGGAAAAUCCAAUGCCGGGGCUGCCAUUGAGAAGAUGAGGAAAGAAGGCUUCUUACAGUCAAGUGGCAGCAGAAGGGCCCAGGGAGUGCCUCAGCUCGCCGUCCUGAUCACUCAGAGAGCCUCAGAAGAUGAGGUGCGGGACGCCUCAAUGAAACUUCGUCGGGAGGACGUGACUGUGUUUGCCAUGGGCAUCCAAGGGGCUAACAAUACCCAGUUAGAAGAAAUAGCUUCUUACCCUCCGACAGAGACGACAUCCAUGCUUGAGUCCUAUGCAGACUUGGAGACUUAUAGUACAAACUUCCUGAAAAAGGUCCAGAAUAACAUAUGGUCCCAAAUUUCUACACUUGCUGAACAAAGGGAUGCUGACAAAGCUGGCUGUGUGGAUACAAAAGAGGCUGAUUUCUAUUUCCUCAUUGAUGGCUCAGGCAGCAUCAACCCAGAAGACUUUGAGCAAAUCAAGGAAUUUAUGUUGGGGGUGAUCAACAUGUUUAGCAUUGGCCCAGACAAAGUCCGAAUUGGGGCUGUGCAGUAUUCACGUGAGAAGAGAGUGGAAUUUGAUAUCCAUGUUUAUACUAACGAUGUGGACUUAAGACAGGCUGUUUUAAACCUCAGACAACUAGGAGGUGGAACUACCACUGGGGCAGCUCUGGAUUUCAUGCUGCCAAUAAUAAGGGAGGGAAGGAAGCAUAGGUUAAGCGAGGCUCCCUGCCACCUCAUUGUGCUGACCGAUGGUAGGUCUGAGGAUGACGUCCUGGAACCUGCUGAGAGACUAAGAGCUGAACAAGUCACCAUUCAUGCCAUUGGUAUUGGGGAUGUUAGCGACACACAACUGCUACAAAUUGCUGGGGGAAAAGAAAGGGUUAAAUUUGGGCAGAACUUUGAUUCUCUAAAAAGCAUUAAAAAUGAAGUUGUUCGCAGCAUUUGCAGAGAAAAAGGAUGUGAAGAGAUGAAGGCUGACAUCAUGUUUCUGGUGGACAGUUCUGGCAGUAUAGGAGAAGGAAAUUUUGAGAAAAUGAAAACCUUCAUGAAGAAUGUGACAGCUAAGAUUCAAAUUGGUCCAAAUGAAACUCAAAUUGGUGUCGUUCAGUUCAGCGGUUAUACUAAGGAAGAGUUCCAGCUUAAUAAAUACUUUACACAAAAAGAAAUUUCUGAUGCAAUAGACGGAAUGUCUCUCAUUGGCCAAAACACUUUGACGGGAGGCGCACUAACCUUUGUAGAUGAGUAUUUCACCCUUCCCAAGGGAGCCCGUCCUGGAGUCAGAAAGUUUCUCAUCCUUAUCACGGAUGGAGAAGCACAGGAUGAUGUGAGGGACCCUGCUAGAGCCCUCCGGGACAGGGGUGUGAUCAUCCUCUCUGUGGGCGUGUACGGUGCCAAUAGGACUCAGCUGGAGGAGAUCAGUGGGGAUGGCAGCCUGGUCUUCCAUGUUGAGAAGUUCGAUCAUCUAAAGGAAGUGGAAAGUAAACUCAUCUUCCAUGUGUGUGCUCGUCAUGAUUGUAAAAGUAUCCGACAGUUGGACGUUGUGUUUGUGCUGGACCAUUCAGGCAGCAUAUCUCCACAACAGCAAGAAAGCAUGAUCAACCUGACUGUCCACUUGGUGAAUAAAGCGGAUGUUGGCAGAGACCGAGUGCAGUUUGGAGCUGUCAGAUACUCUGACCAGCCUGAGGUUCUUUUCCACCUCAAUACAUACUCAACCCGAUCAGCAGUCACUGAGAAUCUGAGGAGGCGCAGGGACACCCACGGGAGCACCUACACUGCCAAGGCUCUCAACCGCACAGAAGUCCUGUUCACAGAGGAGCACGGCAGCCGCAUCAAGCAAAACGUGAAGCAGAUGCUGAUCGUGGUCACUGACGGCGAGUCCCAUGACCGAAGUCUUCUCAAUGAAACAGCGUCGAAAUUAAGAGACAAAGGCAUCAUCAUCUACGCAGUGGGUGUAGAUAAGGCCAACCAAGAGGAACUUGAGGCUAUGGCAGGGACUAAAAACAACACUAUCCAUGUAAGCAAUUUCGACAAACUGAAAGAUAUUUACCUGCCUCUGCAAGACGGCAUGUGUACCAAUGCACAAGAGCCCUGCAACAUUCCAGAAGCUGAUAUGAUUUUCCUCUGUGAUGGCUCUGACAUGGUAUCUGAUUCAGAGUUUGUUACCCUGACAACUUUCUUGUCAGACUUAAUUGAUAAUUUCGACAUUCAGUCUCAAAGAAUGAAAAUUGGGAUGGCUCAAUUUGGGGGCAACUACCAAGAAAUUAUUCAAUUGGACAACUCUCUGGAUAAAACCCAGUGGAAGACUAAGAUUCAAGCUAUCACCAAGAGCAAUGGGCCUCCUCAUAUCAACUUUGCCCUUCACAAAGUGCGCUUUAUGUUUGAGCCAUCUGUCGGUGGGAGAAGAAAUGCUGGUGUACCCCAAACUUUGGUUGUGAUCACAUCUGGGGAUCCCCAGGAGAAUGUGGCAGAUGCUGUAAAAAUCCUGAAAGACCUUGGAGUUUGUGUCCUGGUUUUGGGCAUAGGACAUGUUCAGAAGGCACAACUUCUGCCAAUAACAGGCAAUUCUGAAAAAAUACUCAGCUUUCAAGACUUUAAUAAAUUAAAGAAUGUGGAGGUGAAAAAAAGAAUUGUCCGGGAAAUCUGCCAGAGCUGUGGGAAAACCAAUUGCUUUAUGGACAUAGUGGUUGGGUUCGACACAUCCACUCACAGGCCUGGGCAGCUGUUGUUCCAUGGCCACCCCCGGCUGGAAUCAUACCUCCCAGACAUCUUAGAAGACAUCACCUCCAUCAGGGGGGUGAGCUGUGGGGCAGGAGCAGAGACACACGUGAAUGUGGCCUUUAAGGUAAACAGUGACAAAGAAUUCCCUGCCAAGUUCCAGAUUUACCAAGAACCAGUAUUUCACAGCCUUCUGCCAGUCACCGUCAAUGGGCCAACUCAUCUGAAUGCACAGUUCUUGCAGCAGCUGUGGGACACAUUUGAGGAUAAAUCUGCAUCCCGCGGACAGGUGCUACUCAUCUUUUCAGAUGGUAUCGGGGGUGAAAGCAUCACAAUGCUUGAAGAUCAAUCAGACAGGCUCAGAGAAGCAGGACUUGAUGCUCUGCUGGUCGUGUCGCUAAACACAACUGCACAUGACGAGUUUUCCAGCUUUGAAUUUGGGAAAGGAUUUGAUUACAGGACUCACCUGACCAUUGGAAAUAGACACCUGGGCAAAAUGCUAUCACAGUAUCUGGGAAACAUUGCAGAGAGGACAUGCUGCUGUGCACUUUGCAAGUGCCCAGGGACUCCAGGACCUCAUGGGGCCCGAGGACUACAAGGCUUGAAGGGUCCUCUAGGUCUGAAAGGCACCAGGGGACACAGGGGAGAGGACGGAGACCCUGGAACACGAGGAGAAACUGGAUCCCCUGGAGAUAAAGGGAUUGCAGGAUGUCCAGGGCAGUCUGGUCAAAAGGGAACCAGAGGACUUCCUGGGUCAAAGGGAGAAGAGGGAGAAGAUGGGCUAGCCGGCCUUGAUGGGGAAGAGGGCCUUUGUGGAUUUCCUGGAAAAAAAGGGGCAAAAGGUUAUGCAGGAUCUCAGGGCAGCCCAGGUGCCAGAGGCCCCCCUGGAGAAUAUGGGGAGAAAGGCUUCCCAGGCGAUCCUGGUAACCCAGGACAAGACAGUAACAUCAAAGGGCAAAAGGGCUCCAGAGGAGAACAAGGAAGACAAGGUAGAACCGGACAGAAAGGGACACAAGGCAGUCCUAAUUCCAUAGGACGUGGGGGAAGAGAAGGCCACAGGGGGCAGCCUGGCGCCCCAGGGGUUCCGGGAAAUCCUGGACCUACAGGUAUACAGGGAGCUGAAGGAUUACAAGGCCCACAGGGAUUAAAUGGAAUUCCUGGCAGGAAUGGAGAGAAGGGAAGCGAGGGGCCUAAAGGACCUCAGGGCUCUCCUGGGCCACUGGGAGCUGAAGGGAGUAUUGGAAGACCUGGACCUUUGGGGAGAAAAGGAGAACCUGGAAUUCCUGGAGGUCCGGGGCCAGUGGGGCAAGCUGGGCAGCGAGGGAAACAGGGAGAUUUUGGCAUCCCAGGCUAUGGUCCUAUGGGACUAAAAGGAGUAAAGGGCCCAAGAGGAUUCCCUGGAGAUAUGGGGCAAAAGGGUGAAGUUGGCAAUCCUGGAAUUCCUGGGGAGCUUGGACCCAAAGGAUUUAGGGGACUAAGACUCACUGCAGGUCUGAAAGGUAUAAAGGGAUCUCAAGGACUUCAUGGACCUCCUGGACGGAGAGGCCCUAAAGGCACGGCGGGGGAGCCUAUAUAUUCUCAAUGUGAUCUGAUCCGGUUCGUGCGGGACCACAGUCCUUGUUGGCAAGAAAAGUGUCCAGCGUAUCCAACAGAGCUGGUAUUUGCCCUGGACCAGUCCUACGGUAUCACAGAACAGAGAUUUAAUGAAAUGAGGGAAGUCAUAACUUCUAUUGUCAAUGACCUUAACAUCAGGGAAAAUAAUUGCCCUGUGGGAGCGAGAGUUGUUGUGGUUUCCUAUGACUCAGGCAUCAGCUAUCUCAUCCGUUGGUCCGACUACCAUAGCAAGAAACAGCUCCUCCAGCUUCUUUCCCAAAUAAAAUAUCAAAUGCCCAAAGAAGCCCGAGACAUUGGUAAUGCGAUGAGGUUUGUGGCCCGGAACGUUUUCAAGCGGAUGUACGGGGGAGCCAACGUGAGGAAAGUUGCUGUGUUUUUUAGCAAUGGACAGACAUCCAGUAGGUCAUCCAUCAUCACGGCCACCAUGGAGCUCAGCGCCCUGGAUAUCAGUUCAGCCGUCUUUGCUUUCAAUGAAAGGGUUUUCCUUGAUGAGGUUUUUGGGUUUGACAACACUGGAGCAUUUCAGGUGAUUCCAGCUCCUUCAAAUGGAGAAUACGAACCUUUAGAAAGACUUCGGCUUUGUACACUUUGCUAUGAUAAAUGUUUUCCAAAUGCUUGCAUCAAAGAGACCCUUUUACCUGAAAAUUCAAACAUGGAUGUAGCCUUCCUCUUAGACAAUUCUCAGACUAUAGCCAGUGAGGAGUUUAAGGCCAUGAAAGACUUGGUGAGCUCGAUGCUGGACAACUUCAACAUUGCUUCAGACCCUUUCAUCCCAGACUCUGGUGACAGGAUUGCCCUGUUGGGCUAUUCUCCUUGGGAUAGUUCUAGGAAAAAGAAGAGUGCAGUAAAAACAGAGUUUGAAUUUACAACUUACACCGACCGAGUCCUAAUGAAGAACCACAUCCAGAAUUCCCUCCAACAGCUAAAUGGAGAAGCCACCAUUGGUCACGCCCUGCUGUGGACCAUAGAGAAUCUCUUCCCAGGAGCACCCAACUUGAGGACACAUAAGGUCAUCUUUGUGGUCUCAGCUGGGGAAAAUCAUGAGAGAAAGGAAUUAUUGAAGAAGAUGGCUCUGAGGGCCAAGUGUCAAGGCUAUGUCAUAGUUGUGAUUUCCCUGGGCUCUCCACGUGAGGACAACAUGGAGGAAUUAGCUAGCUUCCCACUCGACCACCAUCUGAUACAGCUUGGGAGAAUCCAUAAACCAGAUCUGGAUUAUAUUGUGAAGUUUUUAAAGCCAUUUGUAUACUUUACCAGGCGAGGAUUCAAUCCGUACCCACCACCAGUGCUUAAAGAUGCCUGUAGACUCCUCGAUUCACAAGAAGAUAAUCACAACAGCGAUCUCUUUAAAUUUACUGCCGAGACACAUGAGAUUUCUUUAGGAGAGAACAGCUUCUUCACUCAGGAAUUAAGGACUGGGAGAGGCUCAUCUUUUACGUUGGAUGACAGCGGAAGUGACCAUUUGGUUCACAUUCCAAGCCCUAUGUUCAUGCCACCAAAAUUAAUGACUGAGUAUAAAGAAAAUCGAGAUUCUGAAGACAUUGCAAGUCUCACUUCUGGACAUGAAAACCAUGGCAGAAAAGAAGAACCAAGUCUUACUGCCAAACCUGGAGAUGCCUCUUUUCAAGAAUAUUACAUGGAUGUAGCUUUCCUCAUUGAUUCUUCCCAAAAAGUAGGAAAUGAUGAGUUUAAGGAAGUGAAAGCUUUCAUAACCUCAGUGCUUGACUACUUUCACAUUGCCCCAGAUCCACUAACUUCCACCUUAGGAGACAGAGUGGCUGUCCUGAGCUACUCUCCUCCAGGCUAUAUGCCCAACACUGAAGAAUGCCCUGUCCACCUGGAAUUUGAUUUGGUUACUUAUAACAGCAUAUACCAAAUGAAACAUCACCUCCAAGAUUUCCUUCAACAGCUCAAUGGAAAUGUUUUUAUUGGCCAUGCCCUGCAGUGGACAAUUGACAAUGUCUUUGCAGGAACCCCCAACCUGCGGAAAAACAAAGUUAUCUUUAUUAUAUCUGCUGGAGAAACCAACCCCUUAGAUAAGGAAGUCUUAAGAAACGUAUCUCUGAGAGCCAAGUGUCAGGGCUACUCCAUAUUUGUGUUUUCAUUUGGUCCUAUGCAUAAUGACAAGGAAUUAGAAGAAUUAACCAGCCACCCACAGGAUCAGCACUUAGUCCAGCUUGGCCGAACCCACAAGCCAGAUUUGAACUAUAUCAUCAAGUUUGUCAAGCCAUUUGUCUAUUCAGUCAGACAUGCCUUCAACAGCUAUCCUCCUGCAGAUCUGAGACCCAAGUGUGUUAAUAUCACCUCUUCCAACCCAGAGAACGUUGACAUAGAAGACACUGUAUACUUUAUUCCUGAGGUGUAUGAAAUAGAGACAGGGAGCAGCGAGCCGUUCGGGGAGUCUGGUUCCCAGGAGGAGCAUGUCUUUGUGCUAAAGAGCAAUCACGGGAAUGGCUCUGGGAUCACUGCUGAUUUGAUUCACAAGUUAUACAUGCUCUUUUCAACUGGGGAACUGAUUAUGAAAGAUGAGGAAGACGCACAUCCGGAAGAAAUGACAGCUCCAGCAAAUGAUAGACAAUGGGAUAAAAGAGAUAAGGAAAUGGAAGUAAUCAGUAUUCAUCAGCACUUAAAUCUGUGA